AGAGCCCACCUCUGGCUGAAAAGCACUGACAUUUAGACUCCAAGCUUCAACCUGUUUACAAGCGUCUUUCCUCGGGACUUGGAGGUGGAGGGAAGGGCCAGCCGCCAGCCGCCCCCCAGACAAGAAGUGGCUUUCGGGAGACUUCACAUCAGCAGGCACCACCAAAAAGAGAAAGGAGAGAGAAGAAAACAGCAGCGCCCGGGCAGCCGCCUCCAGUUCUGACAACUCCAGAGACACACUUUUUAGAGUGGCCAGCAGGCUGGGACUCCGCAGAGAAGGGCCAGAAGGUGCCAGCCACAGAGGGGCGCAGAUGUCUCCCUGCACCCCCACCCCACCCACUUGGGGUUUUGUUCACCGUGCUGUCAUCUGUUUUUCAGACCUCUUUUGCAUCUAACAUGGUGAAGAAAGGAGUGAAGAAGAGAACAAAGUAACCCCCACCCCCCGAGGAAGGCGAAGAGCUCUGGUGACCAACACCGCCAGUUCCUACUGCUGUGGCCACCCACGUCCAGGGUUCACCCGGAGCCUGGAGAGACAGACGCAGGCGUUGGACCAGAGCACGGAGCGAGGACAGGCAGCCGGCCCUUCCGAGGAGUUAUGGAUGUUGGUGCCCCCGCUUCUGGCCAGAUCCGUACCCAGAGGGAGCUAACCGAUAGCCACCACCUCCAGCUGUCUGCUCGCCUCGCACCAGCUCUUACCCUUCCAGUAUGUUCCUUCUGAUGAGACAAUUUCCAGCGCCGAGAGUUUCAGUACAAUGUGGAAAUGGAUACUGACACAUUGUGCCUCAGCCUUUCCCCACCUGCCGGGCUGCUGUUGCUGCUUCUUGUUGCUCUUCUUGGUGUCUUCCAUCCCUGUCACCUGCCAAGCUCCUGGUCAGGACAUGGUGUCACUGGAGGCCACCAACUCUUCUUCCUCCUCCUCCUCUUCUUCCUCCUCCUCCUCCUUCUCCUCUCCUUCCAGUGCGGGAAGGCAUGUGCGGAGCUACAAUCACCUCCAAGGAGAUGUCCGCUGGAGAAAGCUGUUCUCCUUCACCAAGUACUUUCUCAAGAUUGAGAAGAACGGCAAGGUCAGCGGUACCAAGAAGGAAAACUGUCCGUACAGUAUCCUAGAGAUAACAUCAGUGGAAAUUGGAGUUGUUGCCGUCAAAGCCAUUAACAGCAACUAUUACUUAGCCAUGAAUAAGAAGGGGAAACUCUAUGGCUCAAAGGAAUUUAACAAUGACUGUAAGCUGAAAGAGAGGAUAGAGGAAAAUGGCUACAACACCUACGCCUCCUUUAACUGGCAGCACAAUGGCAGGCAAAUGUAUGUCGCACUGAACGGAAAAGGAGCUCCCAGGAGAGGACAAAAAACUAGAAGGAAAAACACCUCUGCUCACUUCCUCCCAAUGGUGGUACACUCCUAAAAGAAGGCACUGUUGGUGGACACAGCAGCACAACAAACACUCUUUGGCAAGGAGCAGUUGGUGUCCUCACUGAAGACCAUAAUACAAACGGCAAAGGCACACCACAGAGUUCAUCUUGUUUAAAGGAAGGAAAGCUUUGGAUGUUUUUUUAUUCACUGCUGACAUAUGAAAUUCUUUUCACUAGCUCUGUGUCAUGCCUUAUAACCAAGAUAGAAGCAAAUCAAAUGGGAUGAAAAUUAUCCUCAAGGGAACAACUUUGUGCCUGGGUUGGUUUUUUGUUUGUUUGUAUGUUUUGUUUCGUUUUCUUAAGUUUUUGUUUUUGAACUUCUGAGAUAGGACUUAAAGGACAUGAAACACUCUGUUGAAUGAUCUUUGGGAAAGUUAUUUAUGGAAUAUGAACACAUAUUAAAGACUUUCAUUGCUCAUUCAAGCCUGAUGAUUCAAUGAGCAGUAAGACACGCAAGCAUUUACUGGAAAGCACUUGGGUCGUAUCAUAUGCGCAACCAAAGGAGCUUUGGGUGUGGCACCAUGGAAGAAUUGGGUCAGAUUUACAAAUAUAAACAUAUUAGUGUGAAACUGUUCUAACAAUACAAAUAGUAUGGUUAUGCUUGUGCAUCCUGCAUCCAUCCUUUUCUAUUUCUUUCUAAGUUAUUUAUUUAAUAGGAUGUUAAAUAUCUUUUGGGGUUUUAAAGAGUAUCCCUCAGCACUGCCCUCUGAUUUACCUUCUCUUUUUUUUUUUUGGCACCACACGCACGUUCAUGACAAACUGUUUUAAAAACUUGGCAAACACUUCAGAAAUAGGAGAUGAGAUCGAGGAAGCAGUAUGAGUGCUUCCCCAUGUGCUCUCCUUGACUUAAUUUACACUUCUGCAAUAAGAACCAUCAGGGAUGACUGUGGCAAAGGUCUGCUAGAGCUUGAGUAGCAGAUAACUGCCAUCAUUUGCCAACACCUAUUAGUCCUGAGGCUUCCUUACCUAGAAUAUAGAAGGGCAAAUCCUCUUUUGUUGCCUCAUUGCAUCUCCAAGAAUAUACUGAAGAAAAAUGAAUUGUUAGAUUUUUUUUUUUUUUUUUUUUUUUUUUUACUAACCUUGUCUUUUACUGAUGAUGGCUGUCCACAGAUCACAAUGGCAAAUGAUGAAAAGGCUAUCUGAAUAUACAAGGGCCCGUUCUAAGUCCCACAGAAUUCUUCUACCCCAAAGGAACCAAAAACAAAUUUGGCAUGAAGUGCAACACUCCCAGGGGCUUAAACUAAGCAAAUAUAUCCUGGUAUAUGUGUAACCAUAUGCUGAAACCUGUUCAAACUGUAUGAUCUAGUCCUUACACAACCAAAUAAAGCUUGUUUUUCUGUAAAUUUAAAGUGUUCUAGAAGGUUCCAUAACAUAACCACAUCGAAAUUCAUUUUCUUAGAGCAGGUGUAGAAAGCAGUCCGUAAGCGCACCACCCGCCCUCACUUUGUAUCUCACUAAAUAAACACAUAAGCUUUAUCUGCAGUGUCUGUAGUGAUGUUUUUUUUUAAAAAUGUAGAAAAUAUUAUUUGUUCUGAAUAUUUUUAAAGUAUAACUCUAAGACUGUGUUGAUGUUGCAGUCUUAUCUCCUUUCUUGUUUGGAAAAGUCUGUUUAUUUUCAUUGUUUGAAUACAGUAUUUUGGUACAAACAAAAAACUUACCAAAUGUGGUGGGUUUUUUGUUUGUUUUGUUUUGUUUUUAUUUUUGUUUUACUAAAAUUUAACUCCAGAAAGGCUGGUGAUUUGUAAUUUUCUUCUAACUUAUUUGUGCUGAUGAUUAGCCAGUGAAAAUCAGUUCUUUAAAAAUUAGUAUUAAGAGUUAAUCAGUUAUUUAAAAAUCAGCUUUUUUGAAAAUAUUCCUGCAGAGUAAUCUGACAAAGGUCAUAAUUUAUGAUUUCUUUGAAAAGCUGGUAUUUCAAGAGAAAUGCACGGCACAGUGCUUUGGUUAAUAGGUAUAGUUGCAUUUUGUGGUAUUCUUUUUUCGACUUGUUUUAUGACAAAUGGGAUUUUUAAAAUGUAUACUUGUUGUGGUUGGAUUCUGUAUGUUAGAAUUUAAUUGGUAACCAAGUCUGAGAGCUCUAAUGUAAUGCAUCUCUAGAAAAACUAGGUAUCUUUUUUUCUUUUGUUUUAAAAUAAUAAUUAUACCUGACACAUGAACACAGACUA